ACCUCACCUAACCUUCGUCUUCACGUGAUACAGGACCUCCCGUGCGCUAGCCUCGACAAUACAGCAAAGGUGGCAAUAGCGAAACGAGCAGCAAAAUGGCGUUCGGUCGUUCCAACUCGCUCAGCCUGAACACGGGCGCGACCAAUUCUCUAUUGUACCAAGGAAGCAGUCUCUUCGGUAACAAUACCCAGCCUGCCCAACCGCAGCAGCAAACCGGUCUCUUCGGAAACUCUACGCAGAAUGCAGCGGCACCCGUUGGCGGCAGCCUGUUCGGUAAUACGAAUAACGCUCAGCCCUCUGGAGGUAGCCUCUUCGGUAAUAGUACUGCUCAGCAGCAACAGCAGCCCGGUACCAGUUUGUUUGGCAAUACUUCUACUCAGCAGCAGCCCAACACCGGCCUUUUCGGUAACACCACUGCACAGCAGCAGCCAAACACUAGCCUUUUCGGGAACACGACUACCCAGCAGCAGCCCAGUACGGGUCUCUUCGGCGCAUCGACCGCGCAGAACAACACCACCGGUGCCAGCUUGUUCUCAAACCUCAACCAGCAAAACCAACAACAGCCCACCACGAGUCUCUUCGGCAACACUAACAACAACACCUCCUCACUCUUCGGCGCCAAACCGACCGCUAGCCAACCCACAACAAACAGUCUCUUCUCCAACUCCCUAACCAACACCCAAAAUCGACCCAACGGCGCCUCGGUCUUCGGCAUGCAAUCCCAGCAACAAGCCGGCGCCGUACGCGUCCACCUCAACGACCUCCGCGGUACCACCCGCUUCACCGACUGCGUGGAUGAGGUCAAGAAUGACUUCGAGCGUGUGGACAAGAUGAUCCGCGAGCAGGAAGAAAUCUGCCGCCGUAUCCAGGCAUUCAUGCCGAAGCAUGGGGAGAACGUCGAGGCUGUGCCGGCGAGCGUGGCGGUGGUUAGGGAGAAAGCGGAAGGGGUGGAGAUGAUGCUGGCUCAGGACGCGGUUGAAGUGAACAGCGCCAAGGGGCUGUUGGGGAGGGACGAGAAGGACUUUGCCCGCUGUCAGCGUGUUGCCGAGAACCUCAUGUUACCCGUCCCCGGCUACCAGGCUCCCGGCGUCGGAUCGUCAUCGUACCUUGGCAGCGGCAUGGGCAGGGUCGGAGUCGCCGGCCAACCAGGAACGGGUCUGGGAGAAGACGAAUACGACACCGACCUAGUAAACCACUACUUCCUCCCCCUCGCCUCGGAUCUGGAAGCCACUUUCGGCAAAUACACGUCCAACCUUGCUGAAAUCGAGGGCCACAUGCGCGUGUUGGAGGAUGCGGCGGUAGGGCGGGCGAGGAGCUUGGCUGCUAAGCGUGCGGGCCUGAGUGGUGGACAGAACGGUGGUGGUGGAGAGGAGACUGUGCGAGAACUGGCGGACACGUUGAGGGGGUUUGAGCAGAGUAUUUUGGCGGUUGCGGGGGUGGUGGGGGAGUGUCGGGAGGGGGUUAAUGAGUUGGUUUUGGGCAGGUUGGGG